GACAGUGUUCCUGAGAGAAGCAGCAGAUGAAUAUUUUUCCUUCACCAGACUGAUCAGAGGAUGCAAAGAGAAGCUGCCAUCAUGUGAAUGCAUAACAGCGAAAUGAGAAACAGGACACCUGGGAAGGCUGAGCUGAAACCACUUGUGCAGGGGAUGACAGACUGAUUGCUGUUGGAGACAAGAUUCAUGAAACCUCGCUUCUUCAAGAGACUUUCCUGGGGGAGAGGAGAGGAAAAGGAGGAAGCAGAUAAAGGAGCAAUGGGAAUUGAGGGCCAUGGUUACUUGAGAUAAAUGGCAGAUCCCUGGGAGCUUAGCCUUGUAGCUGUUUGCUUUAGCUUUGUCUCUCUCUGCAGCUGCUUUUUCUUUUUCGCGAGCUGCUGCUGGGUACUGCCACGGCAGCACCGGAGACUUCAAGAGAGCCGUGGGUGCAGAGCGUGAGCGGGGGUGGGCAGCCCGCCUCACCAUGAUUCAGUUGUGGAAAGUAGUGCGGCACGUGCGACAGCUGGAGCUCCACAGAUUGAUCCUGCUGCUCAUUGCCUUCAGCCUGAUCUCCAUGUGCAUCCUGGCUUACUACGUCACUAACAGCCCUAAAAUCAAGGAGCCGCCGCCCCUGCCCUUCAGUGACUGCAGCAACCAGCACCGUGUCUUGAUCCCACCGCAAGCCAGCUGGAGGCUCACAAAAUCCGUGGACACUUCACGCACAGAUCCUGUGGUGCUAGUCUUUGUGGAAAGCAUUUAUUCCCAACUGGGUCAGGAAAUAGUGGCCAUCCUGGAAUCUAGCCGGUUUAAAUAUAGGACAGAGAUUGCCCCUGGCAAAGGGGAUAUGCCCACUCUGACAGACAAAGAUAGAGGACGCUAUGCUCUUAUUAUCUAUGAGAACAUCCUUAAAUAUGUGAACCUCGAUGCUUGGAACAGAGAGCUGCUGGACAAAUACUGUGUAGAGUAUGGAGUGGGGAUUAUAGGCUUUUUCAAAGCCAAUGAGAACAGCCUGCUCAGUGCACAGCUCAAGGGUUUCCCCCUUUUCCUACAUUCCAACUUGGGGCUGCGGGACUAUCACAUCAACCCAAGUGCUCCCCUGCUCUAUGUCACCCGGGCUAAUGAGGUAGAGCAGGGUCCCCUGCCUGGUGAUGACUGGACUGUGUUCCAGUCAAACCACAGCACCUAUGAGCCAGUACUGUUGGCCAGCACAAAGUCCUCAGACUCUAUUCCUCACCUGGCCACCCACAAAGCAUUGCAUGCCACAGUGGUGCAGGAUCUCGGUCUGCAUGAUGGUAUCCAGCGGGUUCUCUUCGGCAAUAAUCUCAAUUAUUGGCUGCACAAACUCAUUUUCGUGGAUGCAAUUGCCUACUUGACUGGCAAGCGCCUCUGUCUCACGCUUGAUCGCUAUAUCCUCGUCGACAUUGAUGAUAUAUUUGUGGGGAAAGAGGGCACUCGCAUGAAGGUGUCUGACGUGGAGGCUUUGCUGAGCACCCAGAAUAAGAUGAGAACUUUAGUUCCAAAUUUCACCUUCAACCUGGGCUUCUCAGGGAAAUUCUACCAUACAGGCACAGAUGAGGAAGAUGAAGGAGAUGACAUGCUGCUCAAACACAGGAAGGAGUUCUGGUGGUUUCCUCACAUGUGGAGUCACAUGCAGCCUCAUCUUUUCCACAAUGUCACUGUACUAGCUGAGCAGAUGAAGCUCAACAAACAGUUUGCUGUGGAGCAUGGGAUUCCCACAGACUUGGGCUACGCUGUAGCCCCCCAUCAUUCUGGGGUUUAUCCUGUCCACACGCAGCUGUAUGAGGCAUGGAAAUCAGUGUGGAGCAUCCAGGUAACGAGCACAGAGGAAUACCCACACCUCCGGCCCGCUCGAUACCGGCGUGGAUUCAUCCAUAAUGGAAUCAUGGUUCUGCCUCGACAGACCUGUGGUCUUUUUACUCACACUAUCUUCUAUAAUGAAUAUCCUGGUGGCUCAAAGGAGUUGGACAAGAGCAUUCGUGGUGGUGAACUCUUCUUGACAGUGCUCCUGAACCCAAUCAGCAUCUUCAUGACUCACUUGUCCAACUAUGGGAAUGACCGUCUGGGACUGUACACUUUUGAGAGCUUGGUCAAGUUUGUGCAGUGCUGGACCAACCUUCGCUUGCAAACAUUGCCCCCUGUCCAGCUUGCAAAGAAGUACUUUGAAAUCUUUCCCCAGGAGAAGAAUCCUUUGUGGCAGAAUCCCUGCGAUGAUAAGAGGCACAAGGAUAUCUGGUCCAAAGAGAAAACAUGCGAUCGACUGCCGAAGUUCCUCAUCGUGGGACCUCAGAAAACUGGUACAACAGCUGUGCACUUCUUCUUGACUAUGCAUCCAGCUGUCACCAGUAACUUCCCAAGUCCAUCUACCUUUGAGGAGAUACAGUUUUUUAAUGGACCUAACUAUCAUAAAGGCAUUGAUUGGUACAUGGAAUUCUUUCCUAUACCCUCCAAUGCCAGCACAGACUUCAUGUUUGAGAAGAGUGCCAAUUACUUUGACACAGAGGUGGUACCAAAACGUGGUGCAGCCCUGCUGCCUCGAGCCAAAAUCAUUACUGUUCUGAUCAACCCUGCUGAUAGAGCCUAUUCGUGGUACCAGCACCAGCGUGCUCACAAUGACCCUGUGGCACUCAAUUACACCUUCUACCAAGUGAUCUCUGCCAAAUCCCAGGCCCCUCAGGAACUGCGCAACUUGCAAAGCCGCUGUCUGCUCCCUGGCUGGUAUUCGACUCACCUGGAGCGCUGGCUAACGUACUACCCCUCUGGGCAGCUUCUCAUUGUGGAUGGUCAGGAGCUGAGACACAACCCUGCCUCUGUCAUGGACAAUAUCCAGAAGUUCUUGGGAAUUACACCGCUCUUCAACUACACCCAGGCCCUCAGAUUUGAUGAAGCAAAAGGAUUUUGGUGCCAGCUGCUAGAUGGAGGAAAGACUAAAUGCCUAGGAAAGAGUAAAGGAAGAAAAUACCCUGAUAUGGAUUCCUCGUCACGGCUGUUCCUGAGAGACUUCUACCGGGAACACAACAUUGAGUUAUCCAAGCUGAUGAACAGACUCGGGCAGCCCCUUCCAACCUGGCUCCGAGAAGAACUGCAGAACUCCAGCUGGAGCUGAGAGGGACUCCCUUACCUUCAGUGCCAUGGGACGUGUGGUGCUCCAAUGCCUGCUACAAUGCCAUGUCUUGUCAAGCCAAAACAUCUGGACCAACUAAUUGGAGCAGAGAAUGUGCAUGUGGAGCCUUUCCCCACCAGUGGGAAGGGCUGCUGCCUCUGAUAGUGCCCUGGGGUAUGGAGUGCAAGUCACAUUCUUUGGUAUCAGUGGUGUGGUACACUUGACUCACUUCCAGGAAGCUAUUUGGAGCAGGGGAGAGAGCACGGUUAACACCUUAUGUUUCAAUUACUCUUCCCAGUAUAUGAAACAGGCACUAGCUGGAGGGUUAAUGUGUUACUCCUCUUGAGUCCAGAAGUAAACGCUUAAGAGGCGAGCUACCGAGCCCGCUGCUGAGAGUUGUCUGUCUGGCAGCAGCAGGGUACAAGAACACGUUUUCCUCCCCCUGCAGAAUACAGUGGCCAUGAUCAUUACUUACUUAUAGUGCCACUGCAUGUGGCUGUGGAGGACUGCACCCCACAGAUGGAAUAGGCUUAAGAUUGUCUCUCCCUAUCUAUCUGCAACAUCACUGGUGUGUUAACAGUGUCCAGAGACUUCGGUCAAGGGGCAGUGGGAGAUGAGAAAAAGCUGCAGAUAUUGACACAGAAUUGAUCUGUUAUCGUAGGGAAAUCAUUGCCAUAUGUGGCAAGUACUUCUGGGCAGGGACUUGAGACAUUUCAAGAGAUAAUGCACCAAGGAGCAGUAUGUCCCCUUAGAGCACUUUGGAGGCAUGUGUUAGUGCAGCAUAGCAGCAGGAGGAGGCAGAGCUCAGGUAUUGUAAAAUGAGGCUGAUAAUACAGCUCAAAGGAGAUAAUUCAGUUCUCCAUGUCUGCUCAGCUUAAAGGAAAAAAACCCACAACUAGCAACAUAUAGGCUGCCAGCUAGCACCUGUUUUAAUCCCCUUGCAGUCCAGCAAUCUGAGGAAAAAACGAAAACAAACCACAGUUACAAGUGGAAGGCUUGGAGUUAGCAAAAGUGGUUUCCUAUGUCUAAAAGGGGCUGUUUAAUUUACUACUUCUGCCUACCAUCAAGUACACAAAGGUGCUUUGCCUCCUGCAGUUGCUGCACCAUUAUUCUCAGAGGAAAUCCUCCAUCACAGUUGGACAUGUUUUGUUGCUGAGCCACAGGCUUCUAGAGUUGUGUAGGCUAAUGUCCCUCCCUCCCAGGCACAGAUGGUCCUUGGGAGAUAGCUGCGGUUCCAGAGAACAGAGGGCCAGGGCCUAUACGAACAAAUUAUGGAAACUUCCACAACUGUCACAGCUCCUUUUCUCCUAUCCAGAGAGAGAAGCUGCUUCAACCAAGCUUUUCCAUUGAGCCUUAGGUAUUGUGUAUUUCUGAAAGAAUGGUGCAUUUACCGUUGUAUGUAAAUGUAUAUAAUAUGCAAUACAGUAUUUUAUUUCAUGUGCCCUUGGAAAGGGUUAUUUUGUGCAGCCAAAACGAAGGACAGAAAAGACUAGAACCCCCCCUCUCUGGCUCCUGUUAGAGAGAAGAGCCCAACUUCCUGCACUGGAUUCAUGUAUAGCAUCAUUCACAUUGAAUGAUAAUGGAGAAAUCCUUGGCUCUCGAAGCUGAGCACAAGUGUCUGAAUAAAGGCUAGAAGUAGUAAGUGGAGAUUCAAUAAAUGUACUACUUAUUU